UCUCACGUGACCCUGGCGGUUGUGGACAAUGGUUAAUGCUAACGAGAGGCACGCGCGCAUAUUCAAAAUCAUACCUAUGCAAAAUUACUUGAGAGUCGGUGAGACGGCCUAGUAGCACCUGGGGGGUAUGUACACUCUAGAAAAUGCCCGGCUUAGGUGGAAUAUAAAAAGCGUCCUGGGGAUUGUGGUAGGAGUUGGAUUGGCCCUCUUUCUUCAACGUGUAUACAUGAAGCAGGCACAGAGUCGGUUUAAUCAGAAACAAGGAUGAGGUGCAACGCAGCACUUCUGUGUACCGCGGUGAUCGCCCUCUCGAGUUUCGCACACACACGCGAAUAUGAGCGGACGAGGCUCGUCGGGUCACCCGACACUCCAUCUGACAUAAUGGCCCGUAACAUCCUCGAUUGGAUCCAGGGUAUUUAUCGUCAAGGAGCCCGCAAAACAAGACAGGAGAGUAAUGGGUAUUUGCCGCCUUACGGUAGUCAACGGCCCCCGGAAAAACCGAGGCCAUUCCAGCCAGCGCCAACGGGUGAGCCAUCCCCGUCACCAGGAUUGAACGAGGUAACUGGUUACCCAAGUUUUCAGCCGUCAUUCAGUUCAUCUCCAAGGCCCACCUAUAUUCCCCCCUCGUCAUCCGGAUUCACUCCAUCAGGAGGCUAUCCCAGCAGUCCACCCAGGCCCUUCGGCGGUUCAACAGGUGCUACUGGUCCCUCUGGACCACCUGUGGCUUAUCCUGGAUCUUCGACAACAUAUUUACCACCGUCAACUUCGUACGGAUAUCCCUCCACUUCUGGUUAUCCGUCGUCAACUCCAUCUCCGGGCUUUCCAACUCCAUCACCUGGGGGGUAUCCCUCGCCCGGGGGCGGAGGGACUGAUUCUUACGGAUAUCCAUCACCAAGUCCGUUUCCAGGAUUUCCAACGCCGACCGGUCCUGGAGUCACUCCAGGGAGACCAGGCACACCUGGAGGAACACCGGGCGUAACCCCCGGGAGACCUGGGACCCCGGGUGUAACUCCAGGGAGACCUGGGACCCCCGGGGUAACUCCAGGAAGGCCAGGCACACCUGGAGGGACUCCGGGUAUAACUCCAGGAAGGCCUGGUACCCCUGGAGGAACUCCGGGUGUAACUCCAGGCCGGCCUGGUACACCGGGCGUAAGCCCGACUCAACCACCAGGAACUCCAACACCUGCACCUGACGAUGACGACUUGAAGCACCCUCCGCAUAUUCACGAGCUCCAGGUGGAGUGCAGCAAGACCAUGAUGACAAUAAAUAUUGAAUUCAACAGACAGUUCGAUGGAGUUAUUUAUUCCAAGGGAUUUUAUGGAACUCCUGAGUGUCGAUAUGUAGCUGAGAACUCAGGACAGACGAAGUACAGUUUCACGGUCAGUCUCGACUCGUGUGGAACUGAGUUUAUCAAUGAUUUCGAGGGUGAGGCGGGUCAGUCGUAUUUGGAAAAUGUUCUUGUUCUUCAAAAUGAGCCGGGGAUUCAGGAGGUCUGGGACACCGUUAGGAGGGUGCGCUGUCUGUGGGAGGGGAACAUUAAGAAGCCAUUAACAGUGAGUUUGUCAGUGGAUAUGUUGAAUCAGGAGAUUGUGACGUUCAGUGGCGACACGGCUACGGCAAAACUGGACAUUCAGGUUGGGAAGGGACCCUUCGCUCCUGCAGCCAGUGGUCUCGUUAAGAUUGGAGAACCUAUGACUCUUGUGGUUUCGGUGGAGGGAGAUCCGGCGUUCGAUCUUCAAGUCAGGGACUGCGUGGCUAGAGAUGAGGACUCCACGAAUGUGGUGCAGUUGACGGACGAGAGGGGGUGUAUCCUGAAACCUAAGUUGUUCGGGGCUUUCCAAAAAACAAAGGAGACUAUGAACACGGGGGCUUCGAUCAUCGCUUAUGCCUUCUUCCAGGCGUUCAAGUUCCCUGAUGUUAUGGAUCUAUUUAUUGAGUGCAAUGUAGAACUUUGUAAGACGGAUUGCGAGGCUUGUCCAGAAGCUAAUCAGCAAAUCGAACCAGGUAGAAGAAGAAGAGACCUCUCGUACGCUCCCUCAAACGUAUCGUCAGGUGCUCUAUCGCAACCACUACGAAUGUCCCGUGGAUUCCGUGUGAUAAUGCCCGACGAUUUAUCCCUAGCGUCGAGUCAGUCCCUCGAAAGUCUGGAAGAAACUGCGAUUGCAGAAUUAACUUUCGAGCAGAGUAUUUGCAUGAGCUACACGGGCUUCUACACCUCUUUCUCAUUCAUCCUCUCCAUCCUCGUCAUCACCACCUCGAGUGCUGCAGUUAUGUACCUGAAGCUCCAGAAAAUAUCAAGGGAAAAAAAUCCUGAGUACCCGCUGGGGGUCCAUUAAAAUUAAUACAUCAAAGUUGAUCAUAGUUGAAUAAUUAGAGUAAUCGAGAUAGUCAUCAUUCAGAAAGUUUUGAGAAUGCCAUUGACACUCGUGUGUUCAGUUAAUUGAGUUGCACCAUUCGCUUCAAGAAUAUCCCCCCUCUCCUUCCACCUUUCCAUGUGCCUAAACAGUUACUUUAUGCCCAUAUAUAGUUUAUUUCUUUUUCUUAGAUAAUGUACAAAAUAACAUGAUGUUUCUCUUAUUUUAUACUUUUGAUAAAACGAAGAAAAGCUUUAGAGUUUUCAUUUACAUAUCAUUUCCAUUAUACGCUAUAAAUAUCAUAGUUCCAUUGAAACGUCAACGUGAAAAUGGAAAUAAAUAAUUUGUGAAAAAUAAUGUACAAUAAACAGAGAAGAAUAGAAAUUCAAAAAUAGAAUAUCUAUGUGUUCCGUAGUGGGAAUGACUAUAGUUAAAACUAUUAAAAUUGUGAACGCCAAAAUGCUUUCAGGGGUAAAAGCAGCAGCGAAGUGUUCAUGGAUUAAUUUCGUUUUACAAUCGCUUUUAGGAGGACUUUCAGAUAUCGUAUACAUGUCGCAUCUGAAGAUGUGAUUUUUCGACUCUCCUAGAAUUAAAUAUUUCCAAAAAGCUCUUCUGCUGGUAGAUAUUCUUUAAGUUUGAUAAUCAGAAAAAUAUUCUACUUCAUCACUGUUUGGAAUUCUUAACAAAUCUAAGAACAUACAAGUGCUCUCCACGCACUUUUCUCUCUGCAGCCACACCUCCACGCAUUCCAAGCCCCUGAAAAAUACCUAUGAUAUCACUCGGCUUGUUCUCCUUGAUAACAAUCAAAUAAAAGAUUCCCUGACUGGACAAUAACGUUGGUACUAACGGAAACAAUCGAUCCAUAACUUCUCGACCAUCCCUCCCCCCAGCCCACGUCUUGCUGAUGAGUCUCUCAUCAAAAAUCUCACUAGAGUCGGUUACAACGUAUGGUGGAUUAAAUAUCAAUAUAUCAAAUAAAUGAUUAGCCUUCAGGGACGACACCAAAUCCAUUCGAACGAUAU